AUGGCGCCGGAGCGGCUGCGGAGCCGCACAGUCUCAGCUUUCAAGCUGCGGGGCUUGCUGCUCAGGAGUGAAGCCACCAAGUAUCUGACUGAAGCUCUCCAGUCUGUCACUGAAUUGGAGCUAGAGGAGAACCUAGGAAAGAUCAUCGAUGCAGUUGAAAAGCAGCCCUUGUCCUCGAACAUGAUCGAACGAUCUGUUGUGGAGGCAGCUGUGCAAGAGUGCAGUCAGUCUGUGGAUGAGACUAUAGAACAUGUUUUCAAUAUCAUUGGAGCUUUUGAUAUUCCACGUUUUAUAUAUAAUUCAGAAAGGAAAAAAUUUCUUCCUCUAUCCAUGACUAAUCAUGCUGCACCAACCUUAUUUGGAACAGCAAGAGACAAAGCCGAGCUGUAUCUUGAACGCUACACCAUUUUACACCAGAGGACGCACAGACAUGAAUUGUUCACUCCUCCGGUGAUAGGCUCACACCUUGAAGAAAGUGGGAGCAAGUUCCAGCUUAAAACUAUAGAAACCUUAUUGGGUAGCACAAGCAAAGUUGGUGAUGUGAUCGUCCUGGGGAUGAUAACCCAGCUGAAAGAGGUAAGUUGAGGGCUGGAGAGAUGUGUUCCGAGCAUAUCCUUGAAUUCUUCCUCAGCUGCUCUGUACCAGUUCCACAGUGGCUUAUACACUGAGGCGUGCUUCGUCCUGGCAGAAGGUUGGUUUGAAGAUCAACUGUUUCACGCCAAUGCCUUUGGAUUCCCUCCCACUGAGCCCUCCAGCACCACAAGGGCGUACUAUGGAAAUAUUAAUUUUUUUGGAGGGCCUUCUAAUACAUCAGUGAAGAUGAAUGCAAAACUGAGACAGCUGGAAGAUGAGAACAAGGACGCCAUGUUUGUGAUUGUGUCUGACGUUUGGUUGGACCAAGUGCAAGUGUUGGAGAAGCUUCAUGUAAUGUUUUCUGGUUACUCACCAGCACCGCCAACCUGCUUUAUUCUGUGUGGUAAUUUUUCAUCUGCACCAUAUGGAAAAAAUCAAGUCCAGGCUUUGAAAGAUUCCCUAAAAUCUUUGGCAGAUAUAAUAUGUGAAUAUCCAAGUAUCCACCAAAGUAGCCGUUUUGUGUUUGUGCCUGGCCCAGAGGAUCCUGGAUUUGGUUCCAUUUUACCAAGGCCUCCACUCGCUGAAAGCAUCACACAGGAAUUCAGACAAAGGGUCCCAUUUUCAGUUUUCACGACUAAUCCUUGCAGAAUUCAGUAUUGUACACAAGAAAUAAUUAUCUUCCGUGAAGACUUAGUGAAUAAAAUGUGUAGAAACUGCGUCCGUUUUCCUAGCAGCAGUUUGGAUAUUCCUACUCAUUUCGUAAAGACCAUCUUAUCUCAGGGACAUCUGGCUCCUCUCCCUCUUUACGUGUGCCCCGUCUACUGGGCAUAUGAUUACGCGUUGAGAGUAUACCCGGUGCCCGACCUGCUGGUCAUUGCAGACAAGUAUGACCCGUUCACCGUGACCAACACCGAUUGCCUCUGCAUAAACCCUGGCUCCUUUCCAAGAAGUGGAUUUGCAUUCAAAGUUUUUUACCCUUCCAGUAAAACAGUAGAAGACAGCAAACUUCUGGGCUUUUGAGAUCGAUGAGAAUACGUG